AGAGAGAAGUCGUCUCGUCGCUCGCGCAAUUGUCAAUUUCGUCGCUGAUUUAUACGGAGAGUCGUGUGUCGAUUUCGUCUGAUUUGUGCCUUCUCCUACUCGUGUCUCCCGUAAUCGGGACGGGGAAUCGCAUCAACUAGCCUGUUCACGCGCAACGACAGCUUGGCGAGCCGGAGGUUGCUGUGAAAGCGAAUUGUCAAUGAGCCGACCAUGACGGAAUGGUAUCAAGCGAAGAUUUCGCGUUUGUGCGAAUUGAACAACGUCGAAGAGAAGAGGGACGUUCUGACGGACAUCAAGAUUAAAUUCGGUAGCUUGAGUAAUCGGGACGCCGAGCAAGUAGCCCGGUGCUUGGAUUACGGGCCGCUUUAUUCGCAGCUAACCUCGAGUGACAGGUACGAUGACAGAGAAGUUAUAGAACAGAUAUGCGACGUCCUGACCAUUCUAUUCAGCGUGCUGGAACCCGGAGAGAUUUACCAGAGAUAUUUAGUGGAAGUAUCCACGUUAUUGACCAAUCCAAAUGCUAACGUGAGACUGCUCAUGCUACGCGAGUUUCAGCGUACAGCCUCGCACCCGCAAAGGAUAUACCAGUUACUGGAAGACACCAAUCUACUGAUUUCUAUUAUAAACAGAAUCGGCGACAACGACUUGACAGUUGCCGAAUGUGCGAUGAACAUAGUGAAGAAGAUCGGCGGAGAUCCGAAUGGUCUGCAUAUUCUCUACAAGGGUGAGCUUCUGCGAACGUUCGCCAGACUGUUGCAGAAAGACACCAUCAGCUUUCGCGUCUACGAGGUUAUUGUGGAUAUAGCCAAGACGUCCAGGAUAGCCUUGGAAGUGUCUGCUCAAUCGGGUUUCCUAAACAGCUUGAUCAGUAUGCUGGAUGACGAAGAUGUGUUGCUUCAGCUGAACGCCUUAGAAAUACUAACGCAAUUGGCCAUAUUCGAAGAGGGCCUCAGCUACCUGGAGCAACAGGAGGUCCUGAGCAAGCUGGUUCAAAAGAUCGCACAGGCCAAUGAAAAUUCCCUCUCGAAUCUUCUGAUCCCUGGUCUGAUGAAGUUCUUCGGCAACGUCGCGCGACACUGGCCCAACGAAUUGUUCUCCAAGUAUCCGGUGAUCAUUUCCGCGUUGUUCGAAGUGAUCGACGGUGGCGAUCAGACACUGCUGGGCCCCGCGUUGGACACGUUGGGCUUCGUAUCCGUGAGCGUGGAAGGUAAGUACGCGCUGCAAGCGCUAGGCGAUGCGAUGAUUGGCGCUCUCAAGACGAUCGGCGAGGUGGUACAGAGAAUGCCCACCACCUUGAGAAUUCGCGGCCUGAACAAUCUCACCCUCAUACUCGACGUCAAGAGGCCCGAGCAGGACAACAGGAUACUCUCCCUGACGAAGCUAUGGUUCGAUUCCCUGUGUGACGAUUCGUUGGGGAUGAUCGUGGCGAUAUGCAGACAGCCGUUCGCCGAUAUCAGACAGGCCGGCUUGGAGGUGCUGGCGGUGGUCGGCUCUCAAGUAUGGGGGCAAGAAUACAUAUCGACUUAUCCGGGUCUGGUGGAAUUUCUGUUGGACAGAAGCGUCGAGAUGUUCAAAGACUGCAUAGACGUCAAGUUCGAGGUUGUGAAACGUCUGUCCCAGGCGGAGCAACAUGUAUUCGACGCGGAGACGAUGCAGAAAUUCAAGCAGUUCGUUAACGAGGGUCCGUACUUUGUCGACAUUAACAGGGAGAUCGCGAUAGAAGGUGCUUUGUAAGAGGGGAGAAGGAGCAAUUUCUCUCAGCAUUACAUAUUACUCGAUGUUACUAUAAUAUUGAAGAUUAUAUAUGACAUGUAACAUAAUAAUGUAACUACACAGUUGCUGCAAGAGGCGGAUUAAUAUUUAUUCCUUAUCUCUCAUCAGAGAGAUCACCCGUUGAUCACACCGCGUGGGAAAAGUGCGCAUUUUUCCACGAUUCUUCCGCAUUUAUCGGUAAGCGCAUACCGAAGCUCUUGCAUUUAUGCUCUCUCUUCCUCCUGCAACGGGAAUAUUCGUUAACAAUUCGGGUCUCUGUUAAGAUUGUGUUAAGGGAAUUCUAUGAAAAAAGGAAACAAUGGGUCUCUGUUAAGAUUGUAUUAGGGCAAUUCUAUAAAAACGGAAAUAAUUUAUUUCACAUUCUAAUUAUACGCGGAGAAAGGUCCACAGUAUUGGUGGUAUACAUUUGAGAAAAAUCAAACGAGUGCGUGCUAUUAAUACGAGUAUGUAUGUAAUAUUACAGCAGGUUUGCGAUGUUUUUCUAUUGGUUCGCAUGUUUUUACAAAAAAAAAAACUUAUACAUAUAUCUAUAUAUAUAUUAUACAUAUAUAUAUAUAUAAUGUGUAAAUAUAAAGUUGUAUAAAUAACCGAGCGUUCGGUGUGCGUCAAAUGUA